UGCUAACUCCACCCUCCGAAAUAAGUGUGGUCGCCUCCGGCUAGGAGUGUAGUUCUUCUCUCUGUGCCGUAGCCUAAACUGCUCCGUGGCAGGAUCUGUCGGGAUAGCUCCUAGCAGAGGCCCAAUCACUCAGGAUGUACCGUUUCAUAGGUAUAGUAGUAUUAACUGUAAACCUUAUUCCUUACGGCUUCACGGACACUCCGAUUAAUUUAAAUGCCGGAUUAGAACCGUACGAUCUACUUUUCGACAAUGCAGUUGAAGCUUACUACAAGGGGGACUGGAUAUCCGUAAUCCUGAACAUGGAGCGGGCGCUUCGAAACAAGGGGACCGUCCGCCGUGUGAGGGCGCAUUGCCGGCUCUCUUGCGCCAACCAAACCGACUUUGGGGAGCCAGUGCCGGGCGUUGGCGUUCCGAUUCCCGGCAGCGGCUCUGUGGAGGAUCUCAGCUUUUUUCAGAAAAUUUUGAAACGGGCCGAUUGUGUGAAUUCGUGCGAAGGCGAGAAGCUGGGACACCCAUCACUUCACAAAAUCAGUGAAGCAGUGGAACUUGAGUUUCGGAAGAGGACACCCUAUAACUAUCUGCAAGUUGCAUACUUCAAGAUUAACAAGCUGGAUAAGGCAGUGGCAGCUGCCCACACCUUCUACCAGGCCAACCCAGAUCACUUGGAAAUGAGACAGAACCUGGACUACUACAGGAUGAUGGCUGGAGUUAAGGAGACUGACUUCAAAGACCUGGAAGCUAGGCCGCACAUGGAGGAGUUCCUGGAAGGAAAGAAGCUGUACAGCGCGGACGAUUUCGCCCCGUCGGUCGACCACUUCGAAGGCGCGGUGACGGAGUACUUCUCCGCCGACCUGGAGUGCAGGGCUCUGUGCGAAGGCGCCUACGACUACGACGGCUACAACUACCUGGAGUACAGCGCGGACCUCUUCCAGGCCAUGACAGAUCACUACAUACAGGUUCUGAACUGCAAGCAGAACUGCGUGGUGGAUCUGGCAACCCUGCCCGGCUCGGACAAAACGGUGGAGGACUUCCUGCCGUCCCACUUCAACUACCUGCAGUUUUCCUACUACAACACUGAAAACUAUGAGAAAGCCAUUGAGUGCGCCAAAACCUACCUGCUGUUCCACCCGGAGGACGAAGUCAUGGUACAGAACCUGGCCUUCUACUCAGCAACGCUGGGGGAGGACAAGGCUGCUGGCAUUACCGCGAGAGAGGUGGUGCAGCAGUACAUCAAGCAGUCCUUGCUGGAAAAAGAGCUGCUUUAUUUCGCUUACGAAGUCUUCGGCAUAACCUUUGUGGACCCGGACAAGUGGACCCCCGCUGACGUCAUGCCUCUAAAACUGAGAGAGAAACAGAAGGUAGAACGGGAAACAGCGGCACGGAUCACGGAGGAAAUUGGCAAUCUGAUGAAGGAGAUCGAGACCCUGGUGGAGGAGAAGAACAAGGAUUCGGGCGAGCUCUCCAAGGUGGUGCGAGAAGGCGGCAGUGUUCUGUAUGAUGACAUCACCGUCACCAUGACGUCCAAAAGCCUGAACGGGUCUCAGAGGGUGGUGCUGGAUAACGUGAUCACUGAGGACGAGUGCAGGGAGCUCCAUCGCCUUUCCAACACUGCUGCCAUGAUGGGGGACGGCUACAGGGGAAAGCCGUCCCCCCAUUCCUCCAGCGAGAUGUUCCAGGGAGUCACUGUCCUCAAAGCUCUCAAGCUGGGACAGGAGGGAAAGGUGCCCCUGAAGAGCGCCCGGCUGUUUUUCGAGCUCAGCGAAAAGGUGCGCAAGGUCCUGGAGUCCUACUUCCGCCUGGAGACGCCGCUCUACUUCUCCUACACUCACCUGGUGUGCCGCUCAGCCAUCGACGAGAAACAGGAAGGCCGGGAGGACCUCAGUCACCCCGUUCACGCGGACAACUGCCUUCUGGUGUCGGAGCUGAACGAGUGUAUUAAAGAGCCACCUGCCUACACGCACAGAGACUACAGUGCCAUCCUCUAUCUGAAUGAUGACUUUGAAGGUGGAAAUUUCCUCUUCACUGAGCUUGAUGCUAAAACGGUCACUGCGGUGGUCCGGCCCCAGUGCGGCCGGGUGGUGGGGUUCGGGGCCGGGAAGGAGAACCCCCACGGGGUGAAGGCCGUCACCAAGGGCCAGAGGUGCGCUGUCGCCCUGUGGUCACCGACCCCGACAGAGAGGUAUCUGACUCCUCCGACUGAACACAGUGAGAAAGAGCGGAUCCAGGCGGAGGACCUUCUGAAGAUGUUCUCCAGCCCGCUGGACGCAGAGUUCCAGAGAUCGCCAAGUGAGCCCAAGCCCAAGCCCGUGCAGUCCGACCAACCAGCUACGGAGACAGCGGAGCAGCCAAUCCCAGAGCCUGGGAAGCAGGUCGAGCCCGUGCAGUCUGACCAAUCAGCUACUGAGACAGCAGAGCAGCCAAUCCCAGAGCCUGGCAAGCAGGCUGAGCCCGUGCAGUCUGACCAGUCAGCUACUCAGACAGCGGAGCAGCCAAUCCCUGAGACUGGCAAGCAGGCCAGUGAACAGGGUGAUAAACAGGCUGACCAAUCAGCGGAUAAAGAAGCUAGCCAAUCAGCUGACAAAAAGGCUGACCAACCGACAGACAAAACAGACAGCCAGUCAACAGACACAAAGGUUGACCAACCGACGGACAAAAAAGACACCCAGUCAACAGACACGAAGGCUGACCAACCGACAGAUAAAAAAGACAGCCAGUCAACAGGCACAAAGGUUGACAAGCCAACAGACAAAAAGGAACAACCGAAAGACAAAAAAGAGGUCAAGAAACCGGCCCCCAAACAGGCCGCCAAACCGAAGCAGAAGUCGGCAGAAAAAGCGGACGGCAAGCAGAAGGUCAAACAGUCGGACAAAGCCAAGGCGAAAGCGGCGGAGAAAAAGGACAAGCCGGCCGCCAAGAAGAACGCGGACGCGAAAAAGGACAAACCGCCAGUCAAGAAGGCCGCCGCGGACAAGAGCGGCGGCGGCGGCGGCGGCUCGGUCGCCAAGGCAACCGACGCGAAGCAGCGGCCGAAAGCCAAGAGCUCUGAGCCGCACAAAGACUCGCAGGAGCGCAGGACCGAGGCCAGCUCGGCGGCGGACUCUGAAAAGGACAAGGACGAAUUAUGAGAGAACUCCUGCGCUCAGUUUAUUUUUAAAUACACUUUUGGUUUUGGGGGGGGGUGUUUGUUUGAACGAGGAUGAGUGGAAUUGUUACAAGUGCCUUUUUGAAUUAGCUACGAAAGGGGUUGAAAGGACCACCAUGGGCAAAUACUGAAAUGAUAGCCAUAUCCUGAGCUGUAAGCAAACUGUAUAUAUGGCACAGAAGUGAACGUUGGGUUUUGUUCAAAGAUAUGCUGCCUUUUAAGGUACUCAAUAGUAUUUCUAAUACCAUAUAUUUUCAUUUUAGAAUUGUUUUAAAACUUUUAUUUUUGUUUUUAUACAAUGACCACAUGAGUAUAUUGAGAUGCUCUCUUACCCAGGGAAAGAAAAUGUAAUGAAUAAAAUUAGAUUUUUCUUUUUUAAAUAACGCUGAACAUUGCUUAUUUUUAACAAUGGCAAACAAACGUGUUUUCUUUUCAACUUUAUAGGGUGCAGUAAAUAUGGCAACAGAUAUCUACAGAAAUAUACCGGCGUAGAUGAUUUCCACAUAUAUUCAGUCAUUAAAUUAAAUAAUUCCUGUCAGAAAAUGACUGCGUUGCCUAUAUUGGCCACUAGAUGGCAGGAGGGAAUCACUAUUGUCGCUCCUGAUUCUCGCACUCUUAUUCCCGUCUCUCCUAAUGAAGAUGCAGGCCACUUUGGGUUCAUGUUCUUACUGAGCUGAUGUAGAGAUGUGAAGAAAGACCUGGUUUGCAAAAUGUAUUGUUCAUUUUUGUUCCUUGCCAGUAUUAGUGUGUGGUAACGUGGAGAAAAUUGCCUGUGGACUUAUGCAAUAAUCUGUUCUGGCAAGCAGAGGUGACGUAUGUUCUUUGAGACCCUCAAGCCCCAAAAUGGCCACCCAUUGGGUUAUAAAACCAGGUCAGCCAAGCUCUCUGGGAAUUUGAAAUGCCACAGACUACAAGUUUUUCUGUUUGAAGGGUGAUGUCACUUUUUCUGUUUAGCUUUUUGGUUUAUUUGUUUUUGUUUUGUUUUUAUGUAAAAUGAAAAUUGAUUUGUGCUCACAUGACAACAAUGGACCUGAAAAGUAUGCAAAAUUAGAAUUUCUAAUUUUCUUCAAUGGAAAUAAAUGUGAACAUUUUUUGUAAAGAAAUGAAA